UCACAAAUAUGAGACUUCACCUUUUAAUCAAGUCCAGGUUUGAUAUGUAAAUAUUUUUAGUUAGACCUGGUCUUUUGUUUUGUUUUUUUACUUUCAUGAAUCAAAAAUGUGUUUUAAGCAGUGUUAUGGCUUUAACUGGAAUGUCUAACACCGCUUCACAACAAUAAGUGGGUGCGAAAAACGCAAAGCAUUGAUGUGUAUUAUACUGUGCGUCACAAUCGAACUUCCCCUGUACCUGCCGAAGCAGACGCUAGGUGGCGGUAAUGCGCCUUUAAGCUGUUUUACCAGCCACCAAUAAACUCACAAGAGGAAGGAGCAGAAACGUCACCGUAUUUUUCUAGACGCAGCUGACGAUGUAAACAAGAGAAGACAGUCGAGGGCAACGGGGAUCAAACAGGCCGGUGUCAACGCAAAUGAUAGCCAUUAUCCGCUCCUAAACGGCUGACAUGGGGCUCCCUGUUACUAUCAAAGUCAAUUUCCGGGGCAACGUGAAGCGAUUUCUGGCUCAGGAUUUGGACAAAUUGGAGUGGGAAUCGGUCGAAGCCUGGAUCAAAGCAUCUUUUGGCAUCAAUCACUUUCAAGUGAAAUACUUUGAUGAAGAUAAUGAAGAGAUUUGCAUCAACAGUCAAGAUGAAUAUGAAGAAGCCAUCAAGAGUGCAGAGAAGCAGGGGAACCAGUUGCAUAUGAACGUGUACAAGAUGAAAGGGCAGGCCUGCGGGGGCCCACUGAAGACGGAGGUGAAAGAGCUGAAAGGAGACCUCCGGCCUGCUCCUCCUUAUCCCUCCAGGGUCAAGACUGUGGACAAGGGCACACAGGUCACCCCGGAGCGAGAAGCUGUCACAGUUAAAGACAACAAGGGGAACAAACCAGAAGAUGAGCCCCCUCCCAUGUGGUUUAGAUCAUACAUGGAGAAGUUUAAAGACGAGGUGGUGAAAGAAGUAGUCGAAAGGAUGUGCAGUGACUUUUCUGGCCAGUGUUGUACCCACAAAUCCUCUGACGGACCCCAUGAAGCCAGUGGGGCUAUUGGUGGACCUAUAGGUCCCAGGCCGGGCCCCUCCACCUCAAAUGGGUCCCUUGGCUACACCCCAAACUGCAGCAGCUGCAACAAACUCACCUCUGAGGGGGCCUACAAGUGCAGUGUGUGCCCGUCCUGCAUCUUGUGUGAGAUGUGCAGACAUAGCCAUGACCCCAGCCACAACCUUGUGAGAACCAAGACACCUCUCUCUAUCCCUGAGCAUGGAAUGUCAGGAGAGUUGAGGUUCCCAAGGCGAGGAGACAGGACAGUGCGCAAGGCCGAGCGACAGCGCCUCAAAGCAGAAAGGAGGCAGCUAAGAGCCGAAGUCAAGGAAAUCAAGAAGAAACUGAGACUGGAGAAGAGGGGGCUGCAGUGGAGUGGGCCCUCUACCUCAGGCAGAGCCAACUUGACAAACAUGGCCUCCGCAUCCACCCAGGUCCCAGCCCUGCCCCCCCCUGCUGCCUCAGAAACAGCCUCAGGUCCAGCCCCAGCCCAAGGUCCCAUCCCUGCCCCGGUCCCUGAUCCCCAGGCCUCCAGUCCAGAGGGUCCCGGGGUCUCGCACACGUCCUUGGUGCCCACUAUGGCUGCCUUGUUUCUGGAUGAAAAUCUGCCUGACGGCACCCGUCUGGAGCCCGGUACCAAGUUCAUCAAAUACUGGAAGAUGAGGAAUUCGGGCACUAUCAGCUGGACUUCAGAGACUAAGCUAGUGUUCAUGUGGGGAAACCUCGGCCUGGCGUCAGAGAAGAAGCGGGAGGUGCCGGUCCCCUUGCUGCUGCCAGGACAGGUGGGAGUGGUCAGUGUGGCCUUUGUGGCUCCUGUGAUGGAGGGGACGUACACCUCCCACUGGCGGCUGGCGCACUGCGGGUGUCAGUUUGGCCCGCGUGUGUGGUGCAGCAUCGUGGUUGACCCCGGCAACAGCCGCAACACGCUCGGACAUCAGAGCAAAAGACUGAAGGAGGAGGUGAGGCCGGUGGAGACGGUGAAGGAGGUAAGGUCUGUAGACCUCAACCAUGAUGACUACUACUUCCCCUCAGUCGACCUGCUGACUGCACAGGACUUGCUGUCAUUUGAGUUGCUGGAUAUAAAUAUAGUACAAGAGUUGGAGAAGGUUCCUAAUAACACUCCUGUUGAUCUGACGCCCUGCAUAUCCCCUCUGCCCCAUGAUGCACCAGUAUUGGAGAAGUCCAUAAUUUCACAGAUAAAGGAAGACACAGAGGUCACAGGGGUCAGAAAACUUUUUGGAGUGAAGCUGAGGCAGCAGAGGGAGCUUUUGGAGCCUGUGAUCCAGGAUGAGGAGAGGGAGGAGGAGAUCAGUGGAGCCCAGUUCCUCUGUGAGACCGUCAUACGCUCUCUCACCUUGGAGGAAGCACCCGACCACAGACCCCUGCGCAGAGUUCAUCACAGCAGCCACAAACCACAGGUCGUUUCCCGGGGUCCAAGCCAUUGCUUCGAGAGAGCAGUGGAGGCUGAGAAGGCAGAGAGGGCACAAGAAGGAAAUGAGGAGAUCUGUGCCUUUAAACUUGAGAGUUCAGCUCUGCCACCCAACACAGAUCUCAACCAGAUCCCCCAAGAAGAGGAGACAAAGCUAGCUCUCCUUGAACCAGUGAAUGAAAACCCGCAUAAUACUUCACACCAUGAAAAUGAAGAUGAGGAAGUUGUGGUUUUGGAUGACGUGCAAAGCAUGAAGGAUACUCAAGAAGAGGAGGGUGGAAACAAAGGAGAAGACUGGGAUGAGGUCAGCAGCCAGACCUCCUCAGUCUCCUCCUGCGACGACUACAUCAUUGUCCUCCCAGACUGCUUUGACACCAGCCGCCCUCUGGGGGAGUCCAUGUACAGCUCCGCCAUGUCGCAGCCUGACACCACUGCUGCUGCUGCGACCUCCGCCGAUCCAGACGUGCACCAGGAGGAGGAGGAUAACUCAAACUCUAAGCCGGGCAGGGCUGCACCGCUGAGAGAGAGGCAGGAGAGGACAGAGGAGGUCGCUGCUGAGGAAUCAUCAGUGAACACCUGGUCUCCACCUGUCCCUCCCAUCCACAGCAGCGUGAAUCAGAUGCUGUGCGCUUCCCAAACCCUGGACGCUGUGACGCUCACCCCUGAAGUGGUGCCACUGCCGAUUAUUCCUGACCCCCUGCUGUCUCCACCGGCCCUCUACUCACCCAGGUCUGAGGCACUGUACCUGGCCGAGGACCCCAGUCCUCCAGCCUGUGAACUAUAUGAGCCACACCAACCGAGAGUCCACCUUAAUGUGUCAUCUGGUCUGUCCAGAUCAGCAGGCUCAGCAUCCAGUGCCUUUGAGACAUACAACCCCAGACCCAGCAACGCGCUGCAGCCGAGGGGCCAAGGAGGCAUCACAGAGGGACUUGUCAAAGGGGCCCUUUCUGUGGCAGCGUCCGCUUAUAAAGCUCUGUUCACUGGACCAAACUGUUCAAUACAGCGAGGCAUCGACCCGGCCACCAGACAGGACCCUUCCAUGAUGGCCAUGCUGCUGGAGAUGGGCUUCAGAGACCAGCGGCUCAACCAGCAGCUGCUGAGGAAGCAUGGCUACAGCCUGCUGCACACCGUCAACGAGCUGGUGCAGAUGGCUGAGGACAGCCAGAGCGAAGCUGUCAGCACUCAGCACUGAGGGAGGGAAAGCUGUGAGAAACAUGAUGUAAAGAGAGUGUUUAGAUUAUGACCUGAGUGUAGCUCACGCUUUCCAGCGUCUGGAUUUAUUCCGGGUUAUUUAAAGAAGAGACAAAGAAAACCUAUUUAUGAUUCAUGCAAAUGAUUAAUUUUUCAAAGGGUGGAUAGUUUAUUUGAACCAAUAAGACCAAUAAGACAACAGUGUCGCUUUGAAAUAUUCAAAUGAAAUGGGAGCAUUAAUUUCUUCAAGACUUAAUUAGAAUGAAACGAGCAUUCAUGAACGGCUUCUCCUGCCUUUGCCUUUAAUUUAGCUUCAACAUUUUGAUGAAAUGAACCAUAUAUAUACACACACGUGUAAAUUAUUAUUAUAGAUAGUGGUUAACCUUUGCCAUGCCUUGUUUACCUGGGCCAUAGAGCUUUAUCGUGUUGGUCAAAAGGAGUAGGAGCUGUAGUUUUGACAGGAUAAAAGUGUGUAAUUCAGCUCUUCAUCUUAGUGUUUGUGUGGCUGUUGUAGCUGCUUCCUCUGCGCCGAAAAAAUAAUUGUCUUUUGUCAGGGCUUGGCUAGAUCCUUCUCACAGAUAGAGCAGUGAAAGUGAAAAUCGUUGAAUGUCUUGAAAAGAUAGAAACGUUGUGAAAAGCCAGCUCUCGUUUGAGACGAUGCUACUGAAGCUACGUGGAUAUUCUGGGUGUUGAGGGUCAGCAGUGCAGUCGUAGGAACAACAAACAGAUAUUUAUAACUUUUCUCGAUUAACGUAGUGAAAUCUGCCUAAACAAUGCAAUCUUUUUCUGUAUCAGAGUACUGUUAUUUUAGACGUUGACAUGUGGAAUGUAUACAAAACUGUCCGAACGGAUCACUGUUCAGACUCAGAUGUUUUCUACCGCUUUUUAGAAGACAACCUGCAUGACAGGUAGAGGCUUUAGAGAUGAGUCGUGUUCUUGUGUCUUAGCACAGUCACAGUGGAAAAAGUCCGCUUUGCGCCGACGUUUUAACACCCCUGCCUGCAUUUUCACGUGUCGUCAUUGAACCACCAGUUGAUACCUAGCGACUGUCAUUUAGCACUAAUCCAAGCCUAGAUGUCUCUAUCAACACAUUCCAUAAUCUCUUAGUGGAACCAAGUAUAUUUUGUUUGAUGAAAUUGCCUUGAUGAAAGAGGACUCUGAGUUUACUGAGAUACACGUGGUUGUUUGGCAUUUCCCGUGGCGUGCGUGUUUAGGUUUAAGUUAAUGUACGUUUCUCUUUGUAUGUGCGUGUGUGUGUGGUUGAGGAUUUUUGAACCAUAUUUUCUUAUGUUGAUGAUUUUCCUUGAUUUAAAGAAUCACGAUCUAGAGAACAAUUCUGAAUAUAUCUACUAUGCUUGUCAAAUUAUUCUUCUGCCGCAGAGUGUAUACAUUAAAUACCCUUCUACAGUAAAUCCGCCAAUAAACUAUUUGCACACCUCUC